AUGGCAUUUUAUCCCCUGCAAAUUGCUGGGCUGGUUCUUGGGUUCUUUGGCAUGCUUGGGACUCUUGCCACAACACUCCUGCCUCAAUGGAGAGUAUCAGCUUUUAUUGGAAGCAACAUUAUUGUCUUUGAAAGGAUCUGGGAAGGACUCUGGAUGGCCUGCGUCCGACAAGCCACGGUCAGGCUGCAGUGCAAGUUCUAUAGUUCUAUGUUGGAGCUCCCACCUGCCCUGGAAGCAGCCCGAGCACUCAUGUGUGUGGCAGCUGCUCUCUCCUUGAUUUCCCUACUGAUUGGCAUCUGUGGCAUGAAGCAGAUCCAGUGCACGGGGUCUAAUAAGAGGGUCAAAGUGUACCUCCUGGGCACGUCUGGAGCUCUCUUCAUCCUGACAGGCAUCUUCAUUCUGAUUCCGGUGUGCUGGACAGCCAAUAUCAUCAUCCGGGAUUUCUACAACCCAGCCAUCCACGUGGGUCAAAAACGAGAGCUGGGAGCGGCACUUUUCCUAGGCUGGGCGAGUGUGGCUGUCCUCUUCAUUGGCGGGGGUCUGCUCUGCGGGUACUGGUGUUGCAACAGAAAGAAGCAAACGUUCAGAUAUCCAGCCCCUGGAAAUGCUGUGCCACACCCAGAUAAGCCCAGAAACAACAGCCUUCUCGCCUCAACUUCAUCUUCGUAA